ACCUCCCAAGCGGAUCAUAAAAACCCAAUUGGGUUUAUAAACAAAAUGUAUGCUGCAGUUAACUUUCUAAAAUUCAGAGUCAUGCCAAAUCCCUUGUAAGGAGAAUCCUCAGGUUUCAGGCCCUUCAAGUAUCAAUUCACUCAUUACAUUCCAAGCAUAUUGACAUUUUCUGUGUUGAGCGAUGGCAGUCAGCAGCCAAUUGCCUCUUUCAGAUCCUGAUACUAGCUGUAAUGACCCAUGUUCAGGGGAUUCCUCCACCAAUGAAGAAGGUGACUCUAAACAAGUUUUUAGGGCAGAGUACAGGGACAAAUUGCUCAAAACAUUGCGGUGUCUGCGAGCUUUGGUACCCAAAGGAAGAGGAUCUCUUGCAGAAGACACAGUAGCAUAUGUUCAGCAGCUCAAAGAUGGAAUUGAGAGCAUACAGUCUGAGAUCCAUGGCAAGAUUCUUUCUUCUCAGAGAGCCUUGUUUGCUACUAUUGCUAAUAGGUCUCCUCAAGAGAAGGUGAUGGUGGAGAUGAAGGAUUCAGGCCUGGAAAUACUAGUGGAAUGUGAGAAAAAGCCUGGUCUUGCAUUGGCUCUGUCAAAGGCUAUUGACAGCUUUAACCUCACUAUCAUACAAGCUAGAAUGACCUGCCAACUGAGGAUCAGUUUCUUUGUUCUCAGUGAAAAGACUAUUGAAGGUGCAAUUGUAGAUCCAGAGCAACUAAAGACAAUCCUACAGCAAACUGUAAGCUCAUAUACUGGCUGCUCCAAUAUGAGUAUUGGGAACUGAAUAUGCAUACUAAUGACUGCAGCAUUGGACAAACUGAAGAAAAGCACAGAUUCAAGAAAGCAAUUGAUGUGUUUUCUCAACACAUGCUUUGCACAAUGCACUAUUACAGAGAAUGAUUGCAAUUUACAGCUCUACUGUAGUCAGGGUAGAGCAGCUGUUUUCAUGCUGUUGUGUGUGCCAUGCACUCUGUUUCUUGUUUGAUUAUAAAAUAUAAUAAUAAGAUUUUGAUUUUCCUUUAA